AUGUCCCUUGGGCCUCUCGACAUGGCGCAAUCGCAAAGCGACACAUAUCUACCUUCUUCUCAUUUUUUCGACGGUCAAGCCACAGAGCCUAGACCUCGAUACAAAGACCCUCCUAAUACCCCAAACCCUCUGGUUAUACAGUCGAUCACACCCGAUGCUGAUCAGCUAGAGCGACUUCUUAUCAAGCUUAUCAGCAUACAUCCUUUCGGUCCCUCUUUUUCUCUACGGUCGACACCAAAAAACACAUCCGAUGACCAGGUUCCUUGGACCAAAGAAUGA